AUGUGUCAGUGUAUGAGCGAACAGGUGUUAUGUGUGUGUGGGGGGGGGGGGCUUAGGGUUAGGCCAACUUGAAGAGGUGGGGCUUUAGGAGGGACGGAAAGAUGGUGAUGGACUCAGUUUCUCGGUCCCAGCUUUGAUGCACCUGUACUGACCUCGCCUUCUGGAUGAUAGCGGGGUGAACAGGCGGUGACUCGGGUGGUAGUUGUCCUUGAUUAUCUUUUUGGCCUUUCUGUGACAUCGGGUGCUGUAGGUGUCCUGGAGGGCAGGUAGUUUGCCCCCGGUGAUGCGUUGUGCAGACCGCACCACCCUCUGGAGAGCCCUGUGGUUGUGGGCGGUGCAGUUGCUGUACCAGGCGGUGAUACAGCCCGACAGGGUGCUCUCAAUUGUGCAUCUGUAAAAGUUUGUGAGGGUUUUAGGUGACAGGGCAAAUUUCUUCAGCCUCCUGAGGUUGAAGAGACGCUGUUGCGCCUUCUUCACCACACCGUCUGUGUGGGUGGACCAUUUCAGUGUGUCAGUGAUAUGUACGCCGAGGAACUUAAAACUUUUCCCCUUCUCCACUGCUGUCCCGUCUAUGUGGAUAGGGGGAUAUUCUAAGCAUUUCUACAUUUGGUAGAAAAAAUAACAAGUUAGAAAGUUAUACCUGAUGACGUCAUCAGAAGUUUAAACAUUUUAAAAACAGUGAUUUUCAAACACUGAGAUUUGCGGCGAUGAGGGGAGCAAGAAAAUACCAUCCCUCUGGCUAGAAACUCGUUGCAGGUUUUGAUAAACACUUUUUUUUGGGACCUUUCUUUUCUUCUCUUUUUAACACACAGAUCAUAGAAAUGCGCUGUUUUCAAAUAUGUAGAAACUGGUUUGGUGCCGGAGAUAAUGAAUAUGAGUUUGAAAAGUGGCGGAAUGGCAUUUUAACAAAGACCAAUGAGGUAAUGCUGUAUUCUCUCCCUAUGUUCCUGCAAUGCUUUGUUCAUCCAGUGGGUGGAGCGCAACAGCCAAACACAAGUUGUUCAUCCCUACCAGUAUCUCUGCAGAUGUCUAAAGGAUCUGAAGGGUUCUAAACAGUUGGACUUUGACAUCCACUCAUGUUCAGUAGACAUAGGCUUCUUGUACUUCCUCUCCUCCACUUCUCCUCACUUUGCUGGUAUCCUUUAUCUACCAUUGUCUGAGAUGGCAGGUGGUCUACGUCUACUACCCCUUCCAGGCUUGUCUUUAUGCCUUCAUCUGCUACAACGCCCACGAUGAGCCUUGGGUCCUGAGGCAGCUGCUGCCAAAGCUGGAGGGAGAGCAGGGAUGGAAGCUGCGUCUGCACAACCGGGGACCUUCAGCC